AUGAGUAAAGUCGGGUUCGAUAGGCAUACUGGGCUGCUAGAGGCACCUCGGCUAUUUGAGUACAACUUCAACGUCGAUGUCUCGGACAUCGUAUCGUCCACAGGUAACUCGGCCAACUUAAUCAAGUUGAGAGUGGUGGAGCAUCUCGAACGGCUCUACCAGAUCGUACCUGCCUCUCGAGUCCUCAAUGGAUUCAACAUGGCGAGUGAGACAACGAAAGGGGAGAUCAUCCUCCCGGCCGUGGAUACACAGUAUGAGGGUAGUUCCAUCAACCUUCAUCAAAUGAUAAAAUUUCCAACCAAUGAUGGAGUAAAAGCCGUGUACGGGGAGCAACAUGCAACAAGAGAGUUGUUCGCGGUGCACGACAUGGCACCGGCAUCGACGCCCUCUGCAUCGAAGAAGCCAAAAGACAAGUAA